AGCACCCAGAAGAAGCAAAAUCAUGUUCUGAGGGUACCAACAGUGCAGCGGCUAGUGCAGACUGCACCAAUGGAUCGAGGCAGAGCGGGUGGGAUUACCUAUCCGAAAGGCGCAAUAACGGCCAUGUGGAGGAGAAACAACUAAUUGAAGAUGAGACGAAGACGAGGCAGGCAAACAGAACGAUCGGUAGCAAAAGUAUGGACCCUUCAAAGGAACAAGCGCCAAAUGUUUACAUAUGCAGUACUGCACCUGGGGGGAAAGACGCAAACGUGCACCCCUCAAAUGGCGCAAACGUGCACCCCUCAAAUGGCGCAAACGUGCACCCCUCAAAUGGCGCAAACGUGCAUCCCUCAAAUGGCGCAAACGUGCAUCCCUCAAAUGACGCAAACGUGCACCCCUCCAAUGACGAAAACAUCCCAUUGGACGAACUACUCUACGAAACCACAGAGAGAGCUAAGAAUUACAAUCGAACGAAUUAUGGACUCAUGGGUAUACUAAAGGUGAUCAAGAUGACGGACCCCCAAUUGAAUAUCCUGGCCUUAGGAACCGAUCUAACUACCCUAGGGUUGAAUUUAAAUUCGCCAGACUUUCUAUUUUCCUCAUUUACUUCCCCUAUAAGUGAUGACCCAACAUAUAACGAGGAUUAUUUUGUGAAGCCCAGCUGUUAUUUAAACACCCGUUUUCAAAUUCGCCUAUCCCUACUUCUGAAACUCCAAACAGAGACGCUGUUUUACAUUUUUUACAACCUACCUAGGGACGUACUGCAGGCUUAUGCUGCCUCUGAACUCUACCUGAGAAAAUGGACCUAUCACAUGAACUAUAAAAAAUGGUUUUUCCCAAGGAACCUACUCAAUCAGGGUAACUUAAGCAGUUGCCGUUCUUGGAUUUACUUCGAUCCGGUCACAUGGACAAAAAAAAUAUAUGACAAUUUUUUAAGUGUUAAGGAUAUGAUGCACGUGAAGGAUGUUACCAAAUGUAUUGAGCACAUCAUUCAGGUGCAGUCUAACUAUAGUGCCAAUUUGGCUAGUCCUCCUAAUUGUGGGAACCCGAAUCAAGGCGCUCCCCCCCAAGGGGGUUCUUCCUCCCAGGGGGCUUCUCCCCCCCAAGGGGUUUCUUCCCCACAAGGGGCUUCUCCCCCACAAU